CUUCUUUAUUGAAAAGAGGGCGGUCAUGUUCCUGUCCUUCCCCCUCCCCCGAAUUUUACGUGCCUACUGGUGCCGAGUUGAGUUGUGCCUCCUUGAUCCGAACAAACGACCGAACUCGGUGUCUCUUUUAGAAAAGUAUUAACCGUGUGCAAAGUGUCGUGUGCAAAACAGCAAAAUUGAGCGCCAAGGAAGAACGUGGUACACAGGGUUGAGGAGGCGAGGAGAGGAGAGGAGAGAUUAUUGAGAGGUGACGUGCAAAGUGGUGUGGUUUUUACAUCAGUUUUUGCCGAGUUAAAUACAGUGAACAAGAAGAAGAAACAUGGGUGACAGCAGCUGCUACAAGUGUGGAAAGCCAGGCCACUUUGCCCGGGAGUGUCGUAGUGGAGGAGGAGGAGGAGGAGGAGGUGGUGGCAGAGGGGGAUUUAGAGGAGGAAGACGCGGUGGAGGAGGGGGAGGAGGUGGUGACAAAUGUUACAACUGUGGAAAGUCUGGACACUUUGCCAGGGAGUGCACUAGUGAUCCCCAGGACCGCCGCGGUGGCGGCGGAGGAGGUGGUGGUGGUGGGGGAGCCUGCUACACCUGUGGGGAAGAGGGCCAUUUAUCUCGAGAUUGCCCUGAUCGUGACAGCAAAGGGGGAGCCGGUGGAGACAAGGAAUGUUACAACUGUAACAGGGUUGGACAUAUUUCUCGGGACUGCCCCGAUGGACGCCGCGGUGGUGGUGGUGGCGGCGGGGGUCGGGAACCGACUUGCUAUAACUGUGGCGAGUCUGGACACAUCUCCCGUGAAUGCAGAAGCAGCAGCAAGAACGUGAAAUGUUACAACUGUAACGAGAUGGGCCACUACGCCCGUGACUGCCCCACCGAGGACUAGCACGGCACAGAUUCGCCAUUCCUUACGUUAUCCAGGGAAUUGAGAACUAACUAUUUUGAAGAAGAAAAAAAUCUUAUAUUGUAAAUCUAUGAUUCUUGUGUAAAGGAGCAUCAAAUUUUUGUUUGGUAGUGGAUAUUUUUUUAGCCUCAAUAUGAUUCAUAUUUGUUGGAAUUUUUCAGAUGGAAGAUUUCUACUUGGCAAAUCGAGACAAAAAUCAUGUUGUGAAGAAGUUAUUUUUCAUUGUCAAAAGUUCAUGGCAUAAUGAAUCAUAUUAAGGAUAUUUGUGAUGAAGAUGGUAUACCGUAUCAUUUUGUAAUGUUAAUCCAUGUCUGAUGUUGGAGAGAAAAAUAGUCACAAUAGACAUGUAAUUUACUGUCCCUUGUCUACCAUGUCGACAUCAGAAUCAAGAGCAGAUUUUUCUGUUGCAGAGUUAAUUUUGUUAACAGACAAUGUGAAGGCAUUUACUAAUGUGCUUUAGUGAUAUAUCAAAUGCUUAAGAACUAAUUCAAGAAUGCUAAAAUAGUUUUGAUUAUUCAUUAGUAAUUAGACAUAAAUUUUUUUUUCAAGCUUUCAAAAAGUAACUGAAUCAUUUGCUCUUGAAAAGCUCUCCAAGACGAGGGAUGCAGCCGACUGCAACUCCUUGAACUGGCAUUUGCAAAUGGCUUUCUAGAUGAUUGUGAAGAGUCAGCUUGGAGAGUUCAUGGAAUUCUGUACAUAAUGGUUUUCAUUGUUAAUUUGUAACUCCAGAGGUCGUGUGAUGUCCGAGGUGAAAAGGUCAGGGAGACAUCCAUUCCAAUCUCGAGGUUUUCCACCUAUAAAUGGUUUGCUUGUUAAGUUAAAAUGUAUGGGACCUACCAGAAAGGUUUCUAAGUACAAAGUAUUACAUUGAGAUCAAAAUGCAUGAGAGACUUCGAUCAAUGUCUAGUUUUGUAGAAAGUUUAAUCUAGAAGUAUGGUCUCUGGGAAAAUCUGAUGGGUUCGUGAAGAUUACAUGCAUGAGUCUUUUGUAAGAUGCCAGAUGAAUCUUAUUGAAGAUGCAUGUUGUGUAUAUUGGGUUCAAGUGAAGCUAAAAAAAAAUUAAAAGAUUGGAGGGAUUUUAAAAGGUAGCAGUACCAAAGUGAGAAGAGAUGGUGAAAUUGUAUUGCCAGUAGUUAUUGAUAUUUUAAAUGGAACAGACUGUUGAAGUAGAAGAGAACAAAUUCAAACUUAAGCGAGAAACAUCUGAGAAAAACCUUAUUGUUUAUGGGAUAUUUUAUUGUAUUUUUUAAGAACGUUUAAGGUUGAAUAAUUUUUUUUUGUAUCUUUACAAGUGAUUGAUUAGAUGAUGGUGUUCAAAGGAACAUUUACCAUUGACACGCCAAAAAAAAAUUGUAAAAUGUGCAAUUCUCAUUAUACAUGUAUUCCAGUUAAAUAUUCAAGAGAAUAGUGGCUUUAGAUGGAAUGCCGGACUAUUUUCUUGAAGAGAAAAAAAAAUGUAUUUUGCCCAAUUGACAACACUUGUUAAACGGAAUGGUUACACUUGUACAUUGUUCGUACCUUGAGUGUUCAUUGUACAGUAAGUUGUUUUGCGAUUGUUGAUUGGGCAUAAUACCGUUAGGUUGAGGUGGUGAGCGUGACGGGAGAUAAUGUGGUCUCCGGAUGGGUGGUCAUGGAUGGAUGCACUGAUUCUGCAUGACUGCCCAUCACAGAGCAGAGGAGGAGUAAAAGAAACACACUCUCAAAGGCAGCUGAUUCUGUGACCCACGUGGAAGGAGUUUUUGUAUAUUUAUAAUGUACCCUUUUUAUUUUUAAGUAGCCUUAAAUUGGCUUGCGAAUUCAUUUAAAAUCGACUUUGUUUGCUGAUUUGCAUGUUUAACUGAAAGUGAAAAAUAUCUGUAUGAAAUGUUAAAUUCAUAUCACCUCUGAGGCUUUUUGCGGAUGAAGAGUAAGUCGUCCAUUUAUUUAGAUCUGUGCUUUAUGGAGAAUGUUGAUGCAGCAUUCAAGGUUGAUUUUUGCUCACUGCUGUUUAAAAAUAAAGUAAUAUUUUGAUCCGUGUAUAUUUGCAGCAGUUAUAUUAGUUGAUUGAAAUUGGAGACGUGAUAAAAAAUAAAGAAAAUAUAGUAACGAA